CUGGGCUUGUGUAUUCCUGUGAACAUCGGAUUAGCAAACAGAGAUGCGGGUUUCUACUCAAAUCAAACUCUUCUAACCCGCUCCGUCAGUGACACCGCGCUGUCGUUCAGUCCGAGCUCACUAUGUUACCGGACGCUGUUGCUGAAGAAAUUUAGAAUCCGCGGCUUGUAGCGGAGCCGGGGAACGGACGGAGUAGCUAGUCGGUCCGAGAGCUCGACUCGACGACAUAAUAGCCGAGCUGGGAACGCCGUGUGCUCUCCGUGUCACCUCAUCCCGGCUGUCACCGAGCGCCGCAGCUGGAUUUUAUACACGCCGUCUUAGAGAUAGAUUAUCCGUCGUUGUUCUCGGGAGAUGGAGCGGCAGCAGUAACACCUCAGCACGUCCUCGGUGCGUUUGCAGUUAGCGGAGCGCUGCUCUCAUUGCGCUGGCUAAAAAUACCACCUUAGCUCCUAGGCACAGUACGCCUCCAAAAGUGGUGGACUAACCCUCUUUGGAAUCGACUUUGGCUUUUUUUUGAUCGCCUUGCUCGGAGUUUGACGCUCUACAUGGUCACCACAGUGAAUCUGAGACCACUGGAAGACCGAGUCGGACCCCGAGGUUGUGAGCCCAGCUGGCCUGACCUGACGGCUUCAGGUCUCCAAGGUAUCGACUCCCGGCUGUGGCUGAUCGGUGGCCCGGUGUCAUUCUGCCCUCAUGGGCUUUCCCUGUCAUCAUUGAUAAUAUAACGAGUUUAGAUCCUGAAACUUUGUGAAGGUCAUAGAAAAAAAUCCCCACUUUGCUUCCAUUGUCAGCUGUCUGAGAUCGUGGCAGACUUCAUCUGUCCUGAGCAGAGCACCAUGUCGGAGGAUAACAACGCAGACAAGUUCAUUAAGGAGACGUCUAUUCUGGACGAGUACAACAUAAACUGGACCCAGAAGUUGGGCGCAGGCAUCAGUGGACCUGUCAGAGUUUGUGUGAAGAAGUCAACUCAGGAACGUCUGGCCCUGAAGAUCCUUAUUGAUCGUCCCAAGGCCAGAAAUGAGGUGCGUCUCCAUAUGAUGUGUGCCAACCACCCGAACAUCGUGCAGAUCCUGGAGGUUUAUGCCAACAGUGUCCAGUUCCCACAUGAGUCCAGCCCCAGAGCGAGGCUCCUCAUCGUCAUGGAGAUGAUGGAGGGCGGAGAGCUGUUCCACAGAAUCAGCCAGCACAGGCACUUUACCGAAAAGAUGGCCAGUCAGGUCACCAAGCAGAUCAGUCAAGCAUUGGAGCAUUGUCACUCUCUGAAUAUUGCACAUCGCGACCUGAAGCCAGAAAACCUGCUUUUUAAGGAUAACUCUCUGGAUGCACCUGUGAAGUUAUGCGACUUUGGCUUUGCCAAAAUAGAUCAAGGAGACUUGAUGACCCCUCAGUUCACUCCGUACUACGUAGCACCUCAGGUACUUGAGGCUCAAAGAAGACACCAGAAAGAAAAAUCUGGGAUUAUACCUACCUCACCCACUCCGUACACCUAUAACAAGAGCUGUGACUUGUGGUCUCUCGGUGUUAUUAUCUACGUGAUGCUGUGCGGCUACCCCCCGUUCUACUCCAAGCACCACAGUCGCACAAUCCCAAAGGACAUGAGGAAGAAGAUCAUGACGGGCAGCUUCGAUUUUCCCGAAGACGAGUGGAGCCAGAUAUCCGAGAUGGCCAAGGACAUCGUCCGCAAGCUGCUGAAGGUGAAGCCGGAGGAGCGGCUGACGAUCGAGGGAGUUCUGGCUCACCCCUGGCUCAACUGCACCGAGGCCCUGGACAACGUGCUGCCGUCCGCCCAGAUGAUGAUGGACAAGGCGGUGGUGGCGGGGAUCCAGCAGGCCCACGCUGAGCAGCUGGCCAACAUGAGGAUUCAGGACCUGAACGUCAGCCUGAAGCCUCUGAACUCCGUCAACAACCCCAUCCUCAGGAAGAGGAAACUCCUGGGGCCAAAGCCCAGCGACGGUUUCUUCAUCAACGACCCAGAAAACGGAGGGGAAGACUCCAACGUAGCACUAGAAAAACUCCGAGAUGUCAUUGCACAGUGUAUAUUACCACAAGCCGGCGAGAACGAGGACGAGAAGCUGAACGAGGUGAUGUACGAAGCCUGGAGGUUCAACCGAGACUGUAAGCUGCUGAGAGACGGUCUGCAGGGACUCAGCUGGGACGGACGAGCCUUCUCCGAUAAAGUCGACCGCUUGAAGUUGGCCGAAAUAGUAAAGCAGGCCAUUGAAGAGAAGACGAAUCUCCAAGAAGCCCAUUAGCAGACGCCGUCUUUCUAUCGCCUUUUUAUAUCGUUUAUUACGGCCCUUUUUAACGCAUAUCUGUAAAGGAGCUUUUUUAUGUAAAACAAUGCGCUAUUUUCUUUCCUUUUUUUUUUUUUUUUGUUUCUUUUCAUAAAUUCCCUUGCAAGACCUGUUGUUAAAACCUAUUGCAAGAUCUAUUGUACAGCUGUAGAUAUAUUUCAGAGGAUUCAUUGGUACUGUAAGUAUUUUUUAAAGGACACUUGCAAGUAACAAUGAAAAAAAACUAUAUAUACUAUUAAAAAAACCUAUAUUUUCAUUUUUGCAAAAAAGAAAAAAAAACAAAAGAAGAAAAAUAUGUGAAGGAAAUUAUUUUCUGGGAGGGAAUUUUUAUUAGCUGCUUAUCCAAGAUGUGUUUUUAUCACAGUUAUUUCAUUUUUAUUCCGUUUCGUUUUAGCCAUCCUGAUAAUUUAAUUUAUUUGAAGAAAGAGUUCCAUUAUUUUCCAACCCACACGUAGCUUGGCAGCAGACUCUGAAGAUGAGAAGUUGUUCGCGAUGGGACUUUGUUCUUCCUCCCACUCAGUCCGAAGCCUCUCGAGUCUCAGACUGAAAGGUAAAUUAUACAAAUCUUAGUGAUUUUUCUCUCUGCCUUAUUGUUCAGAGGUCAGGAAGAGGAGGAACAGGUGGAAAAAUACACCGUCAGAUUCAUCCAUCUUGCUUUAAAGUCUUCUUCAAGCAGACUUUUUUUUUUCCCCUUACUCGUACAAAGUCUUGCUAUAAGCUUUGUUUUCGGACUUUUGUGUCAAAACCCUUUUCGGAAGAAAACUGUGGCUCAAAGUCUCUGUUGUCAAAUGUUUCCCAAGCCUACAAGAAAUGUUAAUUUUUAACUAAAAUACACACAAAGUAAGGACAUUUGUGUUUCUUGAACAUUUCUGGUUUUAAUGCUGUUGAUUUUCACCGGACACAUCCCACAAAUGCAUUUUUAUUUUGCUGUCAGGAAUCGAAAUUACAGCAAAGAAGUGCAAAUUUCCUUCAUGUGCAAAGUCUAAAUCUCCAUUUAUUUACCAAACAUACCAACUUUUAUGAUUCUACUUGUGUGCAACAAGUAAACUGAAGACUUUUUCCAGAUGUUUGCUGUGGUUGCGAAAGGUUUUUAAGCUGUGAAAGAGACGCAAGCCCAGCUUCUACCUUACUUGAACGUGAACCUGCUGGAAUCAACAUUUGAACACAGACCAGAACACGCCGCCUGUCGGCGCCGUGCCAGAGGAGAUGAGGAGGAGGAAGGAGGAGCCGCUAGUAGAUCUCAUUACUUGACACUACUGAAUGUGCAAUAGGACAGUAGGUUGGAGGUAUUCAGUCCAUCAGUAUUAACGUCUCGCCUUCCUCCGCUCGUUCUCUGCAGAGAGGAAACCAUCAGUGGACGAAGAAACAAAUGAAUAAAAGCUUCAGUACAAAAACUAUGGAUACUGAAAAUAAAUAUGAAAUCCAGCAUAUGGUUUGAACUCUGAAGGGAGGCCAUCCGCUCACUCUGUGAGAAUAUCUGCUUUACUGCUUUAGUCAUAUCUGAUAUUCCUUAUGUUGAGGGGUUGAAAGUAGAGGUUUUAGUCAUAAUAUCAAUUCUCGUUUUUAGGUCAGUUAUUGUCUGUUUAGCUCAAAAAAGACAAUUUCCCUCCAGUCGAGCGUAUGAUCAUAACAGCUUUAACCGUGUGUUGUAAUUUUCACUGAAUAUUGUUUCCUCUUGAGUAACUGAAAAACACUGAACCGCUGGCGUCAUGCAGCCGAUUACAGGACAGCGAGUAUGUGAGCUGAUGUUUCAAACAUUUUGUAAAACUGCCCUAAAAAUGUCUUCCUUUGUAUAUUUGGGUUUGGCUUAAAGCGAAACAUGAAACGCUGAGUAAAUAAUUACUGGCACUAUUCUGAGAAAUCAUUAAUAGCCAGAGCGUAUGUUCCAGGAAGCCUUAUGAAAACACGGCUCAUUUUUUUUUUAUGCUUAAAUGUGCCUUGAUGAAAGAGCAGCGUCUUCAUCUUUUUACUCCUUGAGUCAGUGGAAAUGAAGUGACGGGAAGAAGAGAAAGUCUUUUUUUUUGCUCUUUUUUUUUUUCCAUUUGAAAAUUUUAAGUAUUCAUUCCACAGUUCUUGUAUUUAUGGAGAAAAUGAACCAGCAGCAGGUCUGAUUUAAAAAAUCAAAUACAACAACAAAGCCCAUAUUUGGACAAAAACAAAAUUAUUUCAUUAUAAUGCCUAUAUUUUGAAUGUUGCACCAGGCUGUAUGUUUCUGUAGUUGUGGUUGCAUAGCAACACUCCGAUCUUUGAAACAAAUCUCCAUGAUUAAAAUGAACCUUAAACAAAUUACAAGCUGUGUGACUCUUAAAGCAGACUUUACCAAGCUUCUUGGUAAAAUGUGGAACCAAAUACUGUUUCAGUUUGUGCGAGAGAGGUUAUGUAAACGCAUUUCUGGAUUCAAAUGUUUCUCCUCUGCCAGCUGGAAAAGUGUUGUAAGGCUUUGUAUGUACGAACAUUUUCUAUACUGUAAAUUGAAGGCAUGAUUCUUUCUCUUAAUAAUCCUGACCGUAAAGAAAAAAAAAGACAAACCCUCAGGGGAGCCUUCGUAUCCUGCACACAGCCCUGCAGUCGACAUUUACCUGCUGUUUGCUGCUCAGUGUUACCAAAACUCCCAAAGGGCUGAUUGAAAAGGCAGCCUGCCCCCCCCCCCCCCCCCCCCCCCCCCCCCGCAUCCUCCCACCGAGCCGCUGCUCAGGCUACACCAGCUCCAGAUAGAUUUUACAAGUUCCAACUGGCUUCCAUGAGUCGCGCUCGUCUACGCGACAUCAGCUCCAAAAAAAAAAAAACAAACAAAUCUGAAAGGCAGAUGAUUGUCAGCAUUUUUUUACACUGAUUAAAAACUAGUUGCUUCCAUUUCCUCUGCUGCAUUUGUUCUCAUGUAGAAUGUUUUUUAAAAAAGAAAGAUUGGUUCUUUAAUGUGAAGAGGAAGAAAAAUGUUGGUUUUAUACAUAUUGAUGGGUCAGGAAAUGAAAAUAAUUUAGAGUUUCACCGCCUUUUUUCUGCUUUUGCAGUCCUUUUUUCUACAGUCUUGCAGUAAUGUAGCAUGAAAUCUUCAUACUUGCUGUAUUUUUCUGUCUAAACAUGUAUUUUUUUUUUCCACCUCGUGGAAUGUCAACAUGCUGACUUUGUAAUAAAGGAAUUCUUUGACUUUUGAA